UCCGGGUCGGGCGCGGCCCCAGGGCUGCGGUGGGAUGGGGUGCGCCGCUGGCCACAUCUGGUCAUUCCUGCUGCGCACAGGCAUCAGUUUCCCCGUCUGCUCAAUGGAUACGCAGGCGGCGCCGCGGGCUGGAUCUGGAUCCGGAUCAGGGGCAUAGAAAUUGGGGCCGCCUGUGUUCUGGGUGUGUCGUGUAACCUGGAGCUGGGCGUUGCCCGGUCUGUGCCUCAGUUUCCCCGUAUUGUAGGGGACGGGGCGUGAGGGGGUAUUUGAGCCCCUCCCCACUUGGGGUUUUUCAGAGCUUGGAUGGCUGAGUUAAAUUCUGUUAAAUAACCUGGAUAUAGAACCGUGGUGCUUCUCUCUCUCUCCGUGUGAGUUUUGGCAACUGAGCCCGCCCCUGUGAGCCUCAGUUUCACUCGGAGAUGAUUGUGUUUGCCUCGUAACAGUGAUUGAGGAUUAACUGAAGUGCUCUACAAGUGUUUGCCCGUAAUAUGUUCUUAGAGACCCCUGGGAUGCUGUCAAAAUGUUGAUUCCUGGACCCUGUCCCGGGACUUCUUCACACUCCUCUUGGAGAAACAGCCUGUCCUGAGCUCCCCUCAUUAUCACCUUUGGUUUCAGUUGCCACAGACAGCACUGUGAGAUCGUCAUUCUACCUUAUUCCCGUUUUAUGGUUGAAAAAAACUGAUUCAGAAGGGUGAAGUGGCUCUCCCAUGGUCAAACAGCCUACCUCUCUGCGUUUCUUCAAUAAAUCUACAUUUGGAGUUGGGAUCAGAGCUUUUGCUGGGUCAAUUUCACUGUGCAGCGGAGGAGGAGAAAGAGAUGGACCUCCCGGACUCGGCCUCGAGGGUCUUCUGCGGCCGCAUCCUGAGCAUGGUGAACACAGAUGAUGUCAACGCCAUCAUCCUGGCCCAGAAGAACAUGCUGGACCGCUUUGAGAAGACCAAUGAGAUGCUGCUCAACUUCAACAACCUGUCCAGCGCCCGCCUGCAGCAGAUGAGCGAGCGCUUCCUGCACCACACAAGGACCCUGGUAGAGAUGAAACGGGACCUGGACAGCAUCUUCCGCCGGAUCAGGACGCUGAAAGGGAAACUGGCCAGGCAGCACCCAGAGGCCUUCAGCCAUAUCCCGGAGGCGUCCUUCCUGGAGGAAGAGGAUGAAGACCCCAUCCCACCCAGCACCACGACCACCAUCGCCACCUCAGAACAGAGCACGGGCUCAUGUGACACCAGCCCCGACACCGUCUCGCCGUCCCUGAGCCCUGGCUUCGAGGACCUGUCCCAUGUCCAGCCUGGCUCCCCAGCCAUCAACGGCCGCAGCCAGACAGAUGAUGAGGAGACGACGGGCGAAUAGACCUACUGCCCGGUGCCUUGAGGGGUCUCAGGGCAGCGGCAUACAAGGUGGCAGCGGGUAACCCUGCCUUGUUCUGUCACCCAGGGCUCCUUUGCUGCCCCGUUCUGUCACCCAGGGCUCCUAGGGGAACAGGGCUGUCUCCCGAGGGGUGUGAAAUUCCUGGGGGGUCUUUAAUUCUGGCUCCUUCCUUCCUCAGAACACCUCUCUUCUGCAAGACCCCUCUGCCAUGCCAGGGCACGCCCAUUCCGGCUGGAGUCGCAGGGCUGGGCACGGGAAUUUUUCCAGAGCUGAGCCUGACGUCUGCUCUGAAGAAUGCUUGAAAGGUUCCCAGAGACCAGAGCCAGAUGUCCCCCACCCCCGGUCAGGACCUCCUUGAGGUGCACAAGCACGGUCUCCUCUGAGUUCACCCCAGCCCACCCCUGCACCCACUAAUUCUGCUUUUCCUGCCCCUUGCUCCGUAAAAGUAUCAAAUACUGUCUCCUUGGUAUCUCAAAGAGGUUUCUGAGAUAGGUAGAAGUCUUGAGAUGGAGGCUGGCCAUCCAUUCAGCCCUGAGCAUGCUGAGGCCUGUGUUUCUCUGAGUAGAGGUGUGGAACCUGAGGGGCCAGCAGGCCUCUCUGAGGGCCUCCAUGGAGCAAACGGAGCCACCUUGGGAAAGAGUUUAAUGGAAUAUUUUUGUACCCAAUGUUUACAGAUGCUGUUGGGAAGUUAUCAAUAAAAAGACACCAUUACUAAAAAGGGAAAAGUA